CGCGAGAUGUCCAAGCGGGACUUGAAAGAGUGUAAGAGGUUUGAGCAGGAGCUGCACGCCAAGCUCUUGUUGUUCGAACAAGCCAGAGAGUGGGCGGAUCUGAGCAACGUCUUGAUGGCAUUGCACAAAAUAUUUUCGAAGGAGAAUUUGAAUGGGGAACAGUUUUCGGAAGCGUUCUAUCAGAGGUACUUAUUUUGUUUAUAUGGCACGAAGUUUGCCGCUCGCCGCCUCAGAGACUUGAUGGAAGUCCUCCCCACAAUUUCACUCCAUAGAAAUACUGAUCUUAGAAAGCGUACACUCAUCAACUUGUCUCUACGGGUUGUACUCGGAAGAGUACAAAAAUCGGGGAUGCGCACAUAUGACACAGAACGUAUCUUGAUGGAACACGCUCCAUCUCCGCAUUACGCUCCUGACAGAUUUAUUUUUGGUAUACACAUACAUUUCCUCUUCAACUUGUCAUUUCCUGUCAACCUCAACAGACGUCUCGCGCGAUCGCAGAUGAAACGCACAUUGGGACGGCGUUUAGCCCAAUGUCUCAACGCACAGUUGCCAUCGGGUGUGCAUUUGAAUACGCUGAGGAUCUACGACUCCAUCUUCAGUCAGAUCGGAAGCGACGGCUUGGUACAAGAUUUGGGGAUCUACUCGAGUGGUUUGUUUCCGCAUGUAGCAAAUUGCGGAAAAACAGUGCAGGCAGCAGCGUUGUUGUUGCUAUGGAGGUUUUUCAUUCGUGAGGUCUGUUGACCUAAGUUUUUCUAUCCUCUCCUUAGUUUUUCUAUGCCUCUCUGACCUGACCCUUGUUGUGGCUGUUGAGUCCAUACUCAGUGAUCGUUGUUAAAUUGUUUCACGAUGGACUUUUCUAAUCUACAGGAAUCACAUCAGGAAGUGCAAAGAAAAGUAGAUAGUAGUUUCAGUCUAACACCUCAAGAAUAGGCACAAUCAUCAUCAUCAUCAUCAUCAUCAAGAAUAUGUCUUACUCUAAUCUUCCUCGAAAAACACUAUUUGCCAUUGAAAACGAGACUGGAGCCCUGUUUGACAGGGUUGAUAACCGCCUUGUUGCCGAUUAUGGAGGACGAAGGAAACCCUAACAAUCCGAAGGUUUUAGACCUCUUCAAAAAACUGGUUGAAGGAGUAGGCGACGCAACCUUUUGCUCAACGUUGUGGCUUUUGCUCUUGAAAACACCGAAAAUUCGCUUACCUGGGAUCCGGUUGUUGAGAAGUAUCAUCGCGGAUGAGAUAAAAAGCACUACAGCGCGUGGCGGGAAUGGAAGUCACAGUUCGAAUAUAAUUGGUGGAAGCAAUAGUAUGAGUAUCACACCCUCUACAUCAGUUUCAGUCGGACCUGGUGGAGAAAAACAUCAAGGACCAGCAUCUGCAACUUUAUCGCAAAUCCUCAGUAUGAGUAAAACAUCAAGCUCUAGUGGGGCAUCAUCGAACAGUAUGCUGUGGGGAGGUGCAGCUGGGGGUAUAGAAAUUCAUGCCGGAGGAUUAAGGCUUGGGAGUUGACAUCUCAUCUAAGAGCAUCUCUAUGGCCUCUUCUUCAAGUAGGAAAGCCAGCACAGAUAUGCGAGCUAGAGAUGCCAACUUUAUUCAACCCCUAAGAGGAGGCUGCUCAACAUCAACAUCAUCCUCCUCUUCAUCUUCUUCGGUCAUAGGAGGCAAUACAAAAUCCGUUCUGGCGGGAACUGCCUCAGCAUCCUCUUCUUCGACUUCUCUUCUCCACCAGGCAAGCGCUCAUCUCUCCUCUUCAACGGAGCAGGAGGAUUUCUUCGAGAAGUCUUACCCUCGUGGAGUAGAUGACCUGCCUCUGCACAGAGUGCGCGCAUUCUUUCCUGUACUUAAGACCUCACUUUUUAGUCCGUGAUCUACAUCUCACUUAAUCCAUCUACAUCUUUUAAUCCAUCUAAGACCUCACUUUUUAAUCCGUCUUUCCCUUCAUCUGUAGGCUGUUUGCAAAUAGAAAAGUUGCCACAUCAGAUGAAGGAAGAGAUGGCUGUUAUACUUCAAUUCAAGAAACGAAUUGAUUACUGGAUCUAAUGAGUACGACUUCAAUCUAUAAACUUGUUUAUAUCAUCCUUCUUAGUUAUAAACAAUUUCAUCAUCCUAAUCCUUCUUAGUAUUAAGUACUUAAGUUCAUCUAAGGUACACCGAUCCUGGGGUCUAGUGCUGCAGACAUUAGAACUGUUGCUCGAAGACAGUAAUCAGCUGGUUCAGAGAGGCAUUCUGGACUUCAUCGCACAGUUUAUGCCAUUGCGGAGUCGGGUGCUGUGGGGUGGACAUAAUGGUAAUCUUCUGGCAAGUGAGAGGAGUUCGAGUCGUGUUACAACAACGACACCAAGAACAAGUCCUUCUUCAAGAAAAACGGCAACUUCUUCUAUGACAUCAUCUUCAAGAGCAGGUCCUUCUAGCUGCAUCCACAACCAAGUAGAACUCCUGCAUAACAAGAACACUCCUGUACAACUUCUAGUGCAUCAAGAACAUCAGUUUGGCCGCCCUAAAGUCCGUUUAUUACGCGCAAUCCUGGCACUCUUGCGUCAGAAUGAUGGUUCGUUGAACAGAAGGAUAGUGUUUUUGCUGACUAGUCGUUACGACGAUUUCGGGAAGAUGGACGCGGCAGCUCGAACCUACUUUGAAAGACACGUCCAUGGAACCUUGAUGGCUGUGUUUAGGGAUGAUUUGUUGAGACCGGUGGUAAAGCUAGGGGCGAAGAUGGGAGGACAUCAAACAGGAGGACCAAGAGCUACAGGUCCUCAAGAGCAAGAAGACUCGUGUCCUCGAGAUGUGCUGGAUAGCAUCUUUGAAGCGGGCGCAUACAGUGGCGGUGGUGGAGGAGUGGGUGAUUUUAAUAUGUUUGCUACGGAACAACUGGAGCAGGGUCCUCAUUUAGAGCCUGCUCUAUUAGUGCAAGAAAGGACAUCUCCUGGCCAAACAUCAAUCCUGCCAGCACUAAAAGACGAGAACGAACAAGCUAGAGUUGCAGAGGCUACUAGUGGUGCAGUGCCCAGAGCAACAUUAUCUUCGACCACGCCAUCUUCCAGUCCAAUCUCCACUAGCUAUUGCCUCAGAAUCAUCACAUGUCUACUUCAAGAGGUCGAGGAAAUCAAGUCUCGAAUCGUGCCUGAAUUGAGCAUUCCAGUUCUGCUUUACUUG